AUGCGUAUCACCGUCAACGUCAUCCGCCCCGAGCAGGCGGACUCGGACAUCAUCAACCUAGAAGUGGGCGGCGAUAUGUCAGUCGAGCUCCUCAAAGCUAUUGUCGAAAGCGAAACCACCAUCCCACCCGAAGCCCAACAGCUCGUCUACAACAACCAGCUCCUCCAGAACCCUUCUCAAACCCUAGACCAAGCCGGCAUCACCGAGGGCGACAUGCUCGGUGUGCACGUCACCCGAGCUCCCCAAUCCUCUACUCGCCCCGCCGCUUCCAGCUCCGUCGCGCCCAGACAGAACACCCAACCCCGCCCCGGCAUGCCGGACCCCGAAACGAUUCGUCUACACAUUCUGGGUGAUCCCCGCGUGCGCGAGGCCGUGCGCAGGCAGAACCCGGAGCUGUCUGAGGCCGCGGAUAAUGCUCAGCGCUUCCGCGAGGUCUUGCUUAGGCAGCAACAGGGCGAGGCGCAGCGGGAGGCGGAAAAAGAAGCUCGCAUUGCGAUGCUCAAUGCCGAUCCUUUUAAUCACGAUAACCAGAAGGAAAUUGAGGAGAUUAUUCGCCAGAAUGCUGUUACGGAAAAUCUACACAAUGCCAUGGAGCAUCAUCCUGAGUCCUUCGGUCGCGUGACAAUGCUCUACAUCCCCGUGGAAGUGAAUGGCCACCGUCUAAACGCCUUCGUCGACUCCGGCGCUCAGGUGACCAUCAUGUCGCCCGAGUGUGCAACAUCGUGUAACAUAAUGCGCCUGGUAGACCGUCGCUAUGGCGGCAUUGCGAAGGGCGUCGGGACCGCCCCGAUCCUGGGCCGGGUUCACUCCGCCCAGAUCAAGAUCGGCGAGAUGUUCCUGCCCUGCUCCUUCACCGUCAUGGAAGGCAAGCAGAUCGACUUGCUCCUGGGGUUGGACAUGCUCCGCCGCCACCAGGCCUGCAUUGAUCUCCAGCGGGGUGCCCUCGUUAUCCAAGACCAGGCUGUCCCCUUCCUCGGUGAGGGCGAUAUCCCCAAGCACUUGACCGAAGAGUUCGAGGCCGAACCUACGGUCAAGGGAGCCGAUGGUGCCGAAGUGGGUGCCCGCACUGGCGCGGUCACGCAUAAAGCGGAGAACAAUCCUAAUGCCAAUGCCACUUCCAAUAAUGCAUCCGGGUCCGGCGCGUCAGGGUCACAACCCCGAAUCAAUAUCCGGCCUGCGCCUGCUUCGCGGUGGCCGCAGGACUCCGUUGCCAGGAUCACCGAGCUGGGAUUCUCGCGCGAGGAAGCCGUCCGGGCUCUUGAUAUGGCACAUGGAGACUUGGAAGGGGCGAUCGGGUUUUUGAUUUGA